GAUAAUGGGAGGAUGCUUAGGAGUUCUGGAGAGAGAGAAACAUAGAUAAAGAAACAGGGAAGGAGAGACUGAGGACUCGCCUCCAGCCUCCUCCUGUGCAUCUUGCACAGAGACCCACACUGGGGGGUCUGUGUACAGAGGAAGAUGGAAAGGGGUCAAGGCGGGCCCAGGAGGGGGAGAAAAGGGGCUCAGUUUGGGGAAAUCAUAGCUUGCAUUGGCCCCUCACCACUACUCAUUUCCCAGGAGCCCCUCCUGACCUCCCACCCACAGAGAGAUCUCCAAGGUGGUACAGGUGCCUUUGGGGAAAGAUCAAGAAACCUCCUCUUAAGUAGAGGCCCCUGUCAUCCCCAACCUCUCCUGUUUUCUUUCUGCAUCUUGAAGUCUCAGGGAUUCAGUCCCCAGGGAUUAUGGGGAGGGGUCCCAGGAGCUCCCAGGAACUCAGCGUUAGAUGACAAUGAGCUUCAGUGGAUAGAAUAUGGGCAACUCCACAUCCCCACCUCUCUCCUGACUGGUCUUCUAGGAAACCUGUCAAGUAGUUGCCUUCCAUACAGAGAACCAAACUCCAAAACUGAUGCUGCUAUAAUGAACAGAGAGCCUGAGGUGGACAGAAUGUUCCUCAUUUCCCUCAAGAGUAAGUUCUAUUGUGGAGGGCACCUGUUGGGAUGAACGCCGGAUGUUGUAUGGAAACCAAUGUGACAAUAAACUUCAUAUUAAAAAAUAAAAUAAUUUUUUAAAAAAGAGUAAGUUCUGACUUCUGUCGUUAUGUUACUACAGACAAAUAAGCAAAUUCACCAUCUGUCUAUUACUGGAAUAUAACGUGUUUGUCAUGUUCAUUUUGUCCCAGGAUGAAGUGACCAAGUAACCCUAGCAUCUCCCCUGAAGGGUCCAAAACAUGCUUCAGAGAUGGAUAUUUUUUGGAGGUUUAGCAUUUAGAUUUUGCUUUGUGCUUUCUUAGGUGCGGUGUCUUUGGCAAAGUCACUUCUCUUAAAGACUCAUUUUCACUAUUUUUAAAAUCUGUCAGUGGUGUCUUCCAAAAGAUGGGAGAGGCCCAGGAUACUUGGUGUAUUGAAAGGCAAGAGUGAUGUAUUACAGUUAAAAUGAAGUGUACAUGGUAGAGAAUUUGAUUUGGAAUAUUUGGUUUCCCAUCCUUGAAGAAUUAGUGAUGCCAGGAGUCUACAGCUAACUACAGCUAGUCUACAUCUAACUAUCUAUAUACCCCACGAUCUGUAUCUAGAUAUAUAGAUAGAUGGAGAUAUGGAUAUACAGAUAAGUAUAGGCAUAGGAGUUUCUUUCUUUACAGAUGAUGAAUAGCUCCUGAAAAGAUUCCCCUACAUGCUGGCAUUGAGAAAAUCCCAGUGCAAGAGUAUACUCUCUUGCUAGUCAAGCCCAAGUGGAUAUACUCUGUCUCUGAAUUCCAGAGAAGGUACAUGGGUCCAUAACAGGCAAGGCCACAUGGCUGUUGACUAAUGGUCCAAUGGAGAAGAACCUCUGUCUCUAUGGCACCAUCUUACAUUCUGCCCCAGAGCCUUCCACUUGGUUGUGGGAUCUGGUUUGAAUAAGGAUUUGAGCCCAUUAGACAUUGGUCAAGGAAAACACUCACUUCUCAUGGGAAACUUAAACAGGACAUUUGGUCUCCUUCAGACCCCACCCAAGAGCUAUCCAGAGCUAAGUUCUUUAGGAAGGAACCAUUACUUGUGAGGCAAUAGAUGUAGAAAUUCUCUGACAAGGAACUCUUACCUCAUACUUCCUGCUGAUUUAUCUUACUGUUUUAUGAGGAUCUGUCAUUCUGCUAAUGUGCCCCAACAAGAGACUAACUGGGCUGAGGUUCUGACAGAAUCAUGGCCCCCAGAGACACCAUCCAUCUCUGUCUCGUGCUCUGUCUGAGCCAGAAGCUUUGGGCACAGGAAGGGUAUUUUCCCAUUCCUAUUAUAUCUGCCACACCUGGUUCUGUGAUUCCCUGGAAUGAGUCUGUGAAGAUCCUGUGUUGGGGGACUCCUGAGUCUUACUUGUACCAACUGGAAAUCCUGAGAAACCCCACAUUUGAGGUGGUAGAGAAGAAAUUGGGAUUUCAGGAGAAGGCUGAAUUCCUCAUUAGCCACAUGAAUACCAACACUGCAGGGCGUUAUCAGUGCCAAUAUAGGAAAGAGUACAAAUUAUCGGAGCACAGCAAAACCCUGGAGCUGGUGGUGACAGGCUUGUACGACAAACCCUCCCUCUCAGCAGUGCAGGGCAUGGUGGUGAUGCUGGGAGAGAAUAUUUCCCUGCAGUGCAGCUCAACAGACAUCCCAUUUGAUAGAUUUUCACUGACCAAAGAAGGAGGAGCCACCCUGUCACAGCACCAAAAUGGGGUACACCAAGGCAACUUUAUUCUAGGCCCUGUGAACCACAACUUCUCAGGGAACUACAGGUGCUAUGGUUGGUACAGUGGCAGCCCUUAUGUGUGGUCAGCCCCCAGUGAUGCCCUGGGGCUUGUGGUCACAGAUAUAAUGAACCAAGAUUACACAAUGGAGAAUUUGAUCUGAAUGGGCGUGGCAGGACUGGUCCUUGUGGCUCUCUUGGCCAUAGUCAUUGGAAAUUGGCACAGCCAUAAGGUUCCAAACAAGGAAGACUGGCCAGAUUUUCCUGAACUGAGCCGGAGUAAACACAAAUGUCAGACUGGACCUUUGGACAAAGCCUUAAGAGACACCAGGGCCUUGUGUGGAAAAGCAUACUGUAAACCUGGGAAUAAAAAGACCCUCCCCUCCUAGAAAAAGACUACGUUGUCUGGUAGCCAUGAUGACAAAAAGCCGCCGGAACCAGUUUUUCACCCAUCAGCAAUGACCACUCCCCUCAAUGAAAAACGCCCUGGUGAUUCAACCAAUCAGCUCCUUGCUUCUAAAUGUCAGCCAAUCAGAAACGGAUUUACUUCAGUAACUGCACCUGUGAGUGACAGCCAACCCUUCAGAAGGGAAACAAAAAUAAUAUAAAAACA